UAAAAUAAUGGCGGCAGCCCCAACAGACUGGCAAUUAGAAUGUAUAGAAUUAAAACAGCGAGGAGCAUACUUGCUCCAAACUGGCCAGUGGUCGGAUUGCACUUUUCUGGUGGGUUCCGAGCCUAAUCAAGUGGUGAUAGCUGGUCACAAGCUUAUUUUGGCGAUGGCAUCUCCGGUGUUUGAGGCAAUGUUCUACGGUGGCAUGCCCGAAAGGAAUGAUCCAAUACCAAUUUUAGAUGUUCAGAUUGAUGCAUUCAAGGCCCUUCUAGAGUACAUUUACACAGGAAACAUAAAUUUGAGUUCAUUUGAUAAAGCUUGUGAGCUCUGCUAUGGAGCUAAAAAAUAUAUGCUGCCACACUUAGUUAAAGAAUGCACCCGUUACCUCUGGUCUGAUCUCUAUCCAAAAAAUGCUUGUAGAGCAUAUGAGUUUGCUCGGCUGUUUGAUGAAAAUGUUUUGAUGGAAAAAUGUUUGCAGAUAAUCAGUACUAAUACCAAAGAUGUGUUAAAUGAUAGCAGUUUUGAAGAAGUGGAAUUGAAUACAGUGAUUACAGUCUUCUCACUAGACCACCUCAAUAUUGAUUCAGAAAUGGAUUUAUUUAAUGCUGCUGUGAGGUAUUCAAAAGCUAUGGAAAAGCGGAAUGCUGAGCGAAGCAGUAGUCCUUCUACUGAGGGUCCCUCAACAGAGGGUACAUCAACUGACCAAAGAGAAUCUGAAACUGCUCCCAAAAGUCCACCACCAUCUACAUCUAAGGAUAAUACACAGGUAGUUAAUAUUGAGAGCAGCGCCGAGAACAGUCCAGCGGCUGCAAUGGAGGCGUGUCGCUCCUGUGACAAUACAGACCAUUCCGUUCAGCCCCCAGAAAGCAAGAAGCCUAAAACCUCUGAAAGCAAGCCAACCCUCCGCAGUGCUAUUGAAAAGGUCAGAUUUCUGACAUUGUCGGCACAACAGUUCGCUGAGGGCCCAGCGAGAUCCUCCCUUUUAACCGAGUCAGAAGCUUUCACAGUCCUCAUGAAUAUCCUUUCAAACAAUUCCGAUGUGCCAAUGCCAACUGGUUUUUCAACUUGUCGGAGUCCAAGGAAACAGCUGAUCGGUUGUGGACCUUCCUGUAAUAUGACAACAUUUGUGGUUGACACUCCCAGUCCGGUCGCAGUUGAGCAAGUAUGGGACAACAAUCGUCCCGCUCCUUCAACAAACACCUGUCCCUCUUACCCAAGACCCACCCGCCAUGAGAGUCUAUGGCCAGUUCUGGGCAUGGUGGUGGACCACACAGAACGUCACAAUUCCGACCUGCAUAAGAUCUACUGCCAACGCGCUGUAGUUCAGCAAACGGAUUGUCUUAACACGAGUGUAUUAGAUUGCUCAGUUACCUUCAUGGUUGAUAAAAAUAUAUGUCUGCUUGGCGUUCAGGUACCAACUCAAGCGCCGAGUGAGGAAAGCGCGGUAACGGGUAGCGGGGCGGGGGGCUAUUCUGAGCUUCUGUACGCACAUCUAUUGGAUGCGGACGGAGCACGAUUGACGUAUACGCACUACACCAGUCGCGUGCCAUAUCGACAUUUACUCGACAUUAUGUUCAACCGACCCGUUUAUAUACAACGGAAUAAGGUGUACAAAGUAGGUAUAGUAUUUAAUAAGGUGGGUUGGUAUCCAAUGGGCACGUGUGCACAGCAGGUAGCUGCGGAAUCAGUCUUCUUCAACUUUGGCAUUGGACAGAGCAGCGACUCAGUGCGCGAUGGCCUUAUCCGGUCGAUCAUAUUCACAUACUAAACCACUCUUUCAGAUUUUACUUUUAUAACGAGAAUGCUAAAUGCAUACUUGAUUUUAUUACAUUAUUUACAUAAGAUACUAAGCAUCUCGCUAAAUAACCGAAAAACACUGAAAACUCUCACUGACUACAUUUGUGUGUAAUUAAUGUGACUUGCGUUUAUAUUAUGACUGAAUUAAAAUGACCAUUCAUAACUUCUAAUAAGAUGUACGAUUAAGUGGAACUCAGAGUCGUUCACUAACUGAUCGAAUAACUAAAUAUAAUCAUGACUGAGAUUUUGAAAUAUACGUACCAUUCAGCUUUUUUUAUUUUAAAAACGGCGAGUUUUUUUAUAAAUCGAAUUGAAUUGAACGACUACAGCUGUGGAUAUUAGUAAUGUGAAAUCGGUUAAAUUUUUCCCUUGUUAUAGCAUAGGGCUAUCCAGGUUAAGAUUUGAGUCGAAACUUAGCGCUAACGAUGACUCCAGUAUGUCAGAAUGUUUAUGACAUAAGUCAUGCUUAACGCUCGUCUCGACUCGGAACUUUUUACUUAUAUGUGAAAUGGCUGAUCUAAAGUACAGUAUAUAUUUUAGACAAAACCCUCUUUUUUAUUUAGAUCUGUGAUAGUGCCACAAUUGUAGAAAGCGAGCGAAAUUAUAGUAACAAAUUUUUCUGUCAUGGGGGAUUAGCUUUAAAAGCUUGGAUUUUGCCUUACGUUUACUGGUUGAGCAAUUCACUUGUAAUUUGCCAAUAGUUCUAUAUUCUUACAUUAGCGAAAAAUAAACCAGAGUUUCAGCGAUCAUUCUCGAGAAAUGACAGUAGGUUUUGCCGACAUUUUCGGAAGAAUAUUUUUUUAAUGAGUAUCAAAAAGUUCUCGCUAGAAAGAUGCUUGAUGUUCUGUUACAAGUGAAGGGUAUAGUCUAUCUGCGGCUUUAUGAUUAGAUGCAACGUCAUGAAUGCAUAUAGUAAGAGCUAAGACUCGACUUUAAAUCUGAUGGUUAGUGAAUCAAAUUAUCUUUUAAAAGCCAUUUUAUAUUUAAGUACAAGUUUUCGUUAAAACAGCUUCAAUUACUCACAGAUAGCAACAUUACUUACUGUACAAUUAUGGCAUCAUAUUACUUUUGUAGAUGUAUGGUAUUACGAACAUAUAUAACCGGAGCCGCCUUGAUUAUUUUGAUUAAUUUAUAGAUCUCAAUUAUUUUUUUAAACAACAUAUGAUGCAUCUUAUUGAGUUCGUGUGUUUUUGUAAUUAAAUAUUUGUAAGAAUAAUGACGACUUAAAUAUGAUUGUAUUAUGUUUUGGUACACAAAACAUAAUAGGUAUAAAAUAAAUAUUGGUUAAUUUUAUUUAUUUAAAAUAUCCUUUCACAUAAAUAAAAUACAAAUGUUUAUAGCCUUUAAGUCGUUAAUAAAAUGAUUUAUAUCAUAUGCAUUUUUAAUACUUUUACGCUUUUUAGAAAGUCGUAAAACUGUUAGGCGAAUUCCUAAGUUGCUUAUUUGAACUCAAACUUGAUUCUUUAUAUUCUAAAACGUAGUAACGUUUGUAAUCUGCAUGUCAAUAUUUUACUGACCUACAUUUGAGUCCCUAUCGUUGCCGACUUGUUAUUGUUAUAAUUAUGUUUUAAAUUAUUGCAUCGUCACAAACUUUUAUGAGAAAUCUUUAAAUGAAUUUAUUUCUAAUUCGACAUGCUGUACUAUUAAAUUGAGUAUUUAGCAUAAAAAAUGUUAUAUUUUUUAUACAAUAUUUUUGUUAUGAACUUUAUCAUAUUGACAACAAGGGUUUAAUUAAUACCAACUAUUAAUUUCUUAAUAGUGAGAUUUUGCACUUUAAAGGGCAGACGAGAUUCCAGUAUAUGAGUAAUCCACGGGGAUUUCAAUAUUAUUUAAUUAACAGCUGGCAACAUUUAUACGUCAUUAGAUGUCAUUGUAUAGCUGUCAAUAUGUCAGUUAAUGACUUUUGUCAUGUUGGAAGUUGUAAGAUUUAAGCCAGUUGUUUAGUUUGUAAUCGUAUUUUUAUUCCAAAUGUUUAUUAAAAUGUAAUGGUCCUAUA